AUAUUUUGACAUGUUUAAGCAACAAUAGUUGGCGAAUAAUAAUUUAAACUAUUGCAAAGUGCGCGCGACUUUAAAAAGCUAACUUACAUCGAUAUCGACACAAACUUUCGUUUGGAAUCCGAGUAAGCCCGGGAUUAGCCAAACACCUUCCAUCCCAGCUGUUGCGCUCUGCCGGCCCUCUUCUUUUGACGCCUCCUUUGCAACGAAAAACAUUUUGUUUAAUGUUUAUAAUGCGUGAUUGGGUAUUUAGCCCGAUUUUUCCGUUAAGCUUAGUUUUUAGAUUGGUGUCAUAAGGCCGUAAGCAGGGUUUUCCGAUUGAAUGCAAAAACUGUUUAACUGUUUUCUAUUUUGCCGCACCUCCAACACUCGUAAUUAAUACAAAUCAGCUGCUGUGACGUCAACAACGCCUAUAACCGCUGUUUCUCGAGGCUUGCUGUGCAGCCAACCUUUAUGCGUUGAUAAUGCGGCGGCUGCCCGCGCGGAACGUUGAGGUCACACUUAAACGUUAACGAUGGCAUUCAAAAACUAAAAAAAAGAAGAAAAAGAAAUGUACUGAUAAGAAACACAGUUAAACAAAUACAAUAAGGAAAAAACACAUUACACAACAGCAAAGGCAAAGCACAGGGUGUUUUUGGUGAAGUAAUCGAGUGGAAGCUGCUGGUUCAACUUUAUUCCAUUGAGGAUUAUCCAGAAGCUAAGCGUCGCAGUCAACGUCAAAAGCUGGAGGGCGGUGCCCAGCAACCGCCUCAAAUCCAACUAUUUAAUCCUUUUCCCCACGCGGUUGGAAAAGUCGCCCGAUCACGGAUUGUAGCACACAAAUUUAUGACACUACUCGGGCCUAGCGCCCCUGGCAUGGCCUUUAUGAUGAAAAAGAAAAAGUAUAAGUUCAAUGUGGAAGUUCAGCUGCAGGAUUUAGUGGAGGUGGCGCUGGUUAACGAGGUGCUGUUUGCCAAGAUACGUCUAUUGGAUGGCGGUUCGUUUCAGGAGUAUAGUAGUCGGGAGGAGGUGCGCAAUCAUCGCGUGGAAUGGAAUCGGAGCUUUGAGUUCCCCUGCAAAAUGAGCGCAAAUGCCUCGACUGGCGUAUUGGAUCCCUGCCAUUUGCGCAUUUCCAUACGCAAGGAGAUGAAGGGCGGACGGAGUUAUUAUAAGCUAGGUUUUAUAGAUUUGAAUCUUGCCGAAUUUGCAGGCGCCGGCCUCACAUCGCGUCGCUUUCUACUCGAGGGCUACGACUCGAGGCAUCGCCUGGACAAUUCCAUGCUGAGAGUUAGCAUUAAAAUGCACAUGCUAAGCGGUGAUAUCCUCUUCAAGGCACCCACGCCAAGUCUGAAGAGCAAGCAAAGCAAACCUUCCACAGAUGAUCUGGCCAAUGCCGCCACAGGUGUGGGCCUCCAAACGCCCAUGGCUACAGCCCUGCCCAGCAUGGGCAGUGGAGGUGGCGGCACUGCCAUACCGCUGGGUGGCAGUGGUGCAACACUGGGUGGUGUGCCCAGUGCGACAUCAGUGCCGGGCACGCGGCCCGUUUCCACAACAAAGGAUGAUGAGCUUGAUCCGCAGGCGCUUAUUGCCGCCAUUGUCACUGACUCGGGUCUGUCUGAGUCAUCGGAGUCGGCGGUAACGUUAACCACAGAUAAUCUGCAACAACAUGUCGCCACAAAUGCGAGCACGCCGGUCACACAAGCCUUGCCCCUAGGCCUGAGCGUUAUAGGCAGCAAUAAUUGUGGCACCACCGGUGGCGGCGGGAAUGUUGGCCUGGCCGGCGGCAGUGUGGGAGUUACCAGCACUGCCGCAGUAAUGGAAAUGGGUCAUUCAAGAAAUUCCAGUAAUACUAGUCAAAUGUCGAAAGGUUCGGGUUAUAGUAGUUUUUCGCACAGUCAACAUUCGAGGCAAAGUUCUGAGGGUGACUCGGGACAUGCUAGUCGUUUUAGAAAAUCCGUUUCUCUACUCAAUAGACUGAAUCAGAGAGCUAUAAAUGCCAUGAAAUUGAAUAUAUCGACAUCGCUGCGACAUCAUCAGUCAACCAAAACGACGACACCCACAUCCUCAGGUUCGCCCUCGUCAUCGCCUCCGCAGCAGCGAGGACUGCCAGUCCUAUCGACGGCACAUCAGGCGCAACUAAACCUCAGCACCACCAUCGAGUAUGUGAGCGAGGAGCUGCUCUAUCAGACGCCCAACGCCACAAUGAGCGCUGCGGAGCAAAUGCACAACUUUGAAGAUUUUCGCACACCACUGGCCGAGAUGCCGAUGCCGAACUUGAAUGCACCUCUCACGUCCCCCAAUGGUGGUGGUGGCCUGACACCCUGCUCCACUUAUCGCAGUGCCGCCUCACCCUCCCAUGCGACAGCCUACUAUGAUAGCGGCGAGACGAGCGAAUCGGACGAGUACAUGAACGAGGACUCCGGUGAUAAUGAUUCGGGUCUCGAGGAAAACUUCCACACGCCACGCGUGGCCAAAAUCAAAUCCAUGGAGAAUCUCUCCAUACUUGAAAUGGAAUUUCACAAAGCCUCGCAAGAGCUGGAUCGAAAUUCGCCGCGUCGUCUAAAAAUGCUCGCCGAGCAUGCGCAAAUACCGAAAAUGAAGUCACUGAACAAUCUCUGCUUCGAUGAUUACUCGGAGCAGGCUGUGCGUGAGGAGUUCACGCGCAUACGUGAGGAAUCGCUGGAAGAGCGCUUACGUUUCCAGCAGCAGCAUCAUCUCCAACACCCACACCAUUUGCAUGCUGGACAUGGACUUGGCCAUGGUCUGGGUUACUCGCGCAAGAACUCAACCGCCUCGACUACGUCGUCGGGCAAGCUUUUCUUGAAACAUCAGACUAAAGUGGGCAAUGCCAAGUUUAUUGGCAACGAUCAUGACACUCCACAGCCUCAUUAUCCCAUACAGAAAAUGCGCUCCAUGGGCACCAUACCGGAUGUGGUGAGCGAGCGUGUGGAGGCAGAUCCAUUUCUCACUCCCACCUCAGAGCGCAAGCCGAACUUUCCACGUCUCAUCCAGUCGGCGGAGAAGCCGACGCUGGGCACCAGCUAUGUGAACCGCUUACUUACCUAUGAUCAGGUAGAUUCGCCUGCGCACAGUUCGCAUAAUGAUGUCUAUCGAUAUGCACCAACUACGGCAGCAACCGCAACACCCUUGGAGUCCAUAACUUCCAAUGUAUCCUUUAUGUCUCGGACGCCCUUCGAGCGCGCCUAUCGACGCAGCAUGCUGCAGAGUUCGACGCCAUUGCGCGAGGGCGAGGCCUUGAACACAGUGGGAUCACUGCCACACGCCAUUUUGGCCACCCAGGAGGCGUAUAUUGUGCGACCACAUUCCACGAAUGCUGCCUACGAGCUAAUGAGAAGCUUCAGCGGCGUGCCGCGUCGCUUGUUCGACGGCAACAGUUCCGUGAAUCCAGGCAACAACAGCAGCAACAUGGCCAGCAGCAGCAACAACAAUCGCCAGCAGCAGCAGACAGGAACAACUGCGAGCACUUCCGCUGGUUUUAUGGUCGGUUCGAGCUCUCCGUGCGGCACCCUGGCGAGCAUCCAUUCGAACCACUCGGCCUCAUCCUCCAAUGGCAGCAACAGCAGCAGCAGCGGCGCCCUCAUUACCUUUCAGUGUCAUUCCGGCGCCGACACCGUGGAUGCCCCUCAGCACCAGCACCAACACCAGCACCAGCAGCAUCAGCAAACGUUAGUUGGUUCACCCGGCAUGAGUGGCAACAACGGCAUCGCUGUCCUUCCACUUAGCCACAGUGGCAACGGCAGCAAUCCUCGUCUAGGAGGCGAUGCACUCAGCUCGCUCGCCGCCAGCCCCACAGAUGCAUGCAGCAUUCGCUCGAAUCCAUCGGCCGCCUCGCUCUUGCUCUCCACAUCGGCCGCCGCUGCCGAGGCGUCCGCUCACGCCUCGGCCACCACCAUGUCCGUGUCGGGCGCAACGCUAUCGCCGCUUGCCACUACCCAGAUCAUCCGCCGCCCCAGCGUCACGAUGAUGAAUCCCAGUUCCGGCUCGUUAGUUCUAAGUGAAACAGGAUCUCUAGAUCGCACGAAAACCAGCGGCGAGAAACGCAAGAAGGGGGCCCUGGACGAUGGUCCGCGCGUUUCGGAUCGCGUCGAGGAGACGCGCGUCAAUCCAAAUUCAUUAAUCGAUGAGAUAUUGAAGGAUACGAAACUGGAUCAAUUGGAGGAGUCGGCGGAGACCUCCGGCCUACAACUGUAUAUAGCGCGUGAUGGAACCGCCUCUUUGGGAGGUCACGAGGUCAAGUCGAGCGUGCGUGCGGGUGCCCUGAAGCAGGUCGUCAUGGACGAUCGAAGAUAGUAGCGUCAACUGAACACAUAUGUACUACAUAUAAAUAUAGGAAGCGUGUAUGUGCUUUGUAUAAUGUUUUAGGAGACUAACAACUACAACAACAACAACAGCAGCUACUACUACUACAAGCAACAACAACAGCUAAUUGUGUGUAAUGCAACUGAAUGUAAUAAGAAAUUAAACGCAAGCAAAAAGUGAAUAUAUAUAAAUACGAGUAUAUAAACGUACGUCAUCAUGUCAACCCACACUAUACUGAACUAUCUAUAUAUAUUUAUAUAUAUAUAUACAUACAUACACAAUGUAAAACUACUUAGCUAUAUAUUACUAUACUCUACUAUAUAUGUAUGUGUGUAUACAGAAUAUUGUGUGUUAAACUAUGUUAAUUAACAGCAGCAUCAGCAGCAAUAACAGCGACGGCCAUGUUAAUUAACAGAGAAGGAAGCUGUGUGGCUUGUUGUGGGACAGUUGUUUGGUUUCGCAAAGGGUUGUCAAUGUUUCCACUCUCUUUUUUUAUUUAAUUUUUUAACAAAUGCUACAUUUAUUUUAUUUGUUUUUCUGCCGCCACAACUGUCCCAAAACUGUCCUGAGCCAAUUAUUAAUGGAAAUAACCACAAAAUUACAUGUGAAUAUUUGAAAAAAACCAAAAAUGCAACUUUUAAAUUUUUAAUUAAUAAAAUGCUUGCACUCUUUAUAUGUAUAGAAUUUAUUAAGGCAGACACCUACAAUGUCGGCUCAUUAAUUAACAUAGAAAACAUUUCAAUGCAUAAGUAGUGACAACAACAAAAAAGAAAAACACAAGAAAAAGUAUAAAAAGAAAACCCAGAAAAUAUGAAAAACACGCAAAUCUUCUUUAUUUAUUGCUUCCAAAACCAAGUCUUGCGCUCAUCUACAUAACAAAUAACAAAUAUCCAAAGUAAAAACAAAAUGCAAAUUGCUAUUUAAAGAAAAACAUACGAGUAAAUACAAAAUUGCCAUACACAUUAUAAACAACUAAAAAUACAUUAAACUAUAUAUAAAGCAAAUAUUACGACAGUAUUCAACAAACUUGCACUUCACACACACAUAUUCGCGACUUGUUUAUUUGCAUUUUAUUUUGUUUUUAUCACAGUUACAUUUUUACAUAUUUGUUACACCUUCAUUGUAUAUUACCAAUAUUUUUUUAAAAACAAAAUAAUCAAAUCAAACUAGCGAGUAGUUAGCAUUUUAAAUUGUGAAAUAAUGCGUAAACGACACAGCUAAAGCGGAUUGAGAGAUGUGUGAUUGAGAAAUCUUUGUAAAAUACGUAUUUCAACAAUUCUAUGUUUUAUUGUGCAUUCACAAAACAGUUUUAUGUAAAAAUGAAUACAAAAUUCUUACUGUGUUUACCCUUUUGUAUGAUAUACUAUUUGAUAUAUGGAAAGAAAAUGAAAACAAUGCAAAGAAAUUGUUAAGUAUAUAAAUGCAAUUAGUUCUUAGCUAUAUUUUAUGUUAAACAACAACAACAACAAACAAACAAACAAAAUGUAUGUAAAAUUGCUUUAGUUAUUUUUGAUAAUUUGUAAAAAGAGUAAAAGAUAAAGCCGAAGCUCCAGUUAGUUUUAUAAAUUGUAUUGUAUAUGGAUUUAAAAGCAAAACGUGCGGUUUGAAAUUGUCAAGUGCAUAAAAAUAUAUUUGAAAAAGUAUAAUGUCUGUGGAUUUGAAGUUGGCUAGAAAUGUGGUUGGCAGUAAUUAGAAAAUAUUUCUUACACAACAUUUGCAAUAUUUAUUGAUAAAAUUCUAAUCUUCGAUUGUCAAUUGUUAAGCAUUGGAAUUAAAUGCUUUAGCAUUUCUAUCGCCCAGGCGUACUUUAAUCUGUUUAUAAACUCUAUAAAUACAAAUUUAUUGCCAACUACAGUCUAGAACUGCCAACAAUAUUUCAGCCAAUUCGCAAACCUUUUUGGGGGCACUUUGACAGCACAGAGUCGAGCUGAAUUUAAGAAAAAAAAAAAGAAAACAAAAACGAGAACUGCAUGUGAAAAAGAAUUACCAAUAAAGUGAAAAUUGAAACGCAGAGUA